UUCCAAGUUAAACAGGCCAACAUAUAAUAGAAAAAUCACCUUUCCCCAAAGUUGGAACCCAAUCCCGGAAGUUUACCCGACCAGGAGUCGUCAUAUGACUGAAUAAAAAUGGCUGCGGUUCAGUGGCAUUCUCGUAGCCGCAAAUAUGACGCCGAGCUACAGAGCUGUCGUCUGGAGGUCUUGCCUGUGGAGUUCGGCGACUAUCAUCCCCUCAAGCCCAUUACAGUGACAGACUCAGGGAAGUCACGUCGUGGGGGGCGUAAAGGCAGCACAUCCUCCUCUUCCUCGUCCUCCAGCUCUGUGGCCCUGGAUCCAUUGAGCUCCAUGUUGGACGGAACAGACCCCCUGUCCAUGUUUGCAGCUGCCAGUGAGACCCCCACCCUGUCACACAGCAGUUCCACUGGAGAUUUGGGGAGAAAGAGGAGGGAGAAGGAACAAGAGGAAGAUGUGGGCGUAAACUUUGAGCCCUGGUCAUCCAAACGUGGAGAGAUACUGGCCAGGUUUACCACCAAUGAGAAGCUCUCCAUUAAUCUAUUCAUGGGCUCUGACAAAGGUAAGGCUCCUAGUCCCGGCUCCUCCGCCGUCUCAGAGAAGGUGCGCACCCGUCUUGAGGAGCUGGAUGACCUGGAAGAAGGCUCCCAGAGGGAGCUUCUGAACCUGUCCCAGCAGGACUAUGUCAACCGCAUCGAAGAACUCAACCAGAACCUGAAGGAGGCUUGGUCCUCAGACCAGAAGGUCAAGGCCCUGAAGAUUGUUAUCCAGUGCUCCAAGCUGCUUUCGGACACAUCAGUCAUCCAGUUUUACCCCAGCAAGUUUGUCCUCAUUACUGACAUCCUGGACACAUUUGGGAAGCUGGUGUAUGACAGAAUCUGGUCAAUGUGCUCUGACCCUCGACCCCUGUCAGACGCUUUCACUGCUGAUGAAGUGAACGACACUGCCAAGGAGACCUGUCUCAACUGGUUCUUCAAGAUUGCCUCCAUUAGGGAACUCAUCCCUCGACUAUAUGUUGAGGCGGCCAUCUUAAAAUGUAACCGUUUCCUGACCAAAUCGGGUAUCCAAGAGACGCUUCCUCGUCUCACAGCCAUGAUCCGGGGCAUAGGAGACCCCCUUGUGGCCGUCUAUGCUAGGGCCUACCUCUGCAGGGUGGGGAUGGAAGUGGCACCUCACCUGAGGGACAGCCUGAACAAGAACUUCUUUGAUCUCCUGGAAACCUUCCGUCAGAUCCACGGGGACAGUGUUCAGAACCAGUUGGUUCUGCAGAGGGUGGAGGUCCCUGUCUACCUCACCCUCUACUCACCUGCCAUCAACUGGAUCCUCCAGUGUGUUGCCUACAAGGCACCAGAGGCUCUGCUGACUGAGAUGAUGGAGAGGUGCAAGAAGCUGGGAAACAAUGCCUUGCUUCUGAACUCGGUGAUGUGGGCGUUCAGGGCGGAGUUUGUGGCGACGAGGGCAACAGACUUCAUCGGCAUGAUCAAAGAAUGUGACGAGGCGGGUUUCCCCAAGCACCUGUUGUUUGGCUCGUUGGGUCGAAGUCUUGCCUGUGCCGACCCUUCGGAGCCUGAGAGACUGCCCAUCCUCAACGAGGCCUGGAAGGUCAUCACUAAAGUCCGCAGUCCCCAGGACUACAUAAACUGUGCCGAGAUCUGGGUGGAGUUUACCUGUCGUAACUUUACUAAACGUGAGGUCAACACAGUUCUCUCUGACAUCAUCAGACACAUGACCCCAGACCGUGCUUUCGAAGAUGCCUAUUCACAGUUGCAGUCUGUGAUCAGGAAGAUCCUCACCUACUUUACGGACUUCUCAGUACUCUUCUCCAUGGAGCGUUUCCUGCCUUUCUUAGACAUGUUCCAGAAGGACAGCGUCAGGGUGGAGGUCUGCAGGUCCAUCAUGGAGGUCUUCAUCAAACACCAGUUGGAGCCCACCAGAGACCCGGUCAUCCUCAACGCUCUGUUGCACGUCUGCAAGACCAUGCACGACUCGGUCAAUGCUCUGACUCUGGAAGAUGAGAAGAGAUCCCUGGCACUGCUGAUCAAUGGUUUCAUCCGCAUGGUGUCGUUUGGUCGGGACUUUGAGCAGCAGUUGAGUUUCUGUGUGGAGGCCAGAGCUACCUUCUGCAACCUGGAGCCUGUCCUGGUGCAGCUCAUACAUACGGUUAACCAGUUGGCCAUGGAGACCAGGCGUGUGAUGAGGGGGAACCACUCCCGCAAGACAGCUGCCUUUGUCAGGGCAUGUGCUGCCUACAGUUUUAUCACCAUUCCAUCCCUAACCAGCAUCUUUAGUCGUCUCAACCUUUACCUGCUGUCAGGACAGGUGGCGCUGGCCAACCAGUGUUUUUCCCAGGCCGACGCGUUCCUGAAAGCGGCGGUGAGCGUGCUUCCUGAUGUUCCGCGCAGCAUCAGCAUCGAGGGCAAGCAGCGCUCCUCCGAGAGCUUCCUGCUCGACUUCAUCAACAACUUCCUGUCCGCGCUCCUCGUCGUCCCGGACCACCCAGAGCAGGGGGUGUUAUAUCUGGUGCGAGGUCUGUUGAACAUGGUACAGGACUACACUUGGGAGGACAGCGGUGAUGCUAAGAUCCGUGUCUACAUCAGUGCUCUGCCCCUGCUGGCGGCUAUGAGCCAAGAGAGCUACCUCUACUCUAUCCCAAAAGUGGACUCUAAUGAGACCCUGUACGGAGGAGACCCCAAGUUUGUGGCUGAGAUCAACAAGCUGUGUGAGACUCUGAUUGGCCAGGUGCUGGACCACCUGAAGACCCUGGGGAGAGAGGAGGGUGUUCGUCGUCAGGGCAGCCUGGCCUUCUCCCUAUUCGGCUGCCUGCUGGCCCAUGGAGACCUGAGGAACAACAAGCUCAACCAGCUGGCUGUUAACCUGUGGAACCUCAGCCACAAGCAUGGCCACUGUGACACACGCACCUCCGUGCGGACUCUGGAGUUCAUCAAGCACCAGGGCCAGCAGCUAGAUAUGGCCCACAUCUCGGACAUAGUCCAGAGACUCACCCUGCAGACACGCACCUGAACGACCGGGAACCUGAGCACAGGAGGGCGGGCGGGCGGGCGGUGUUUCCCGGCAUGCCUUUCCUACAUUGGAACCUGGGUUUAUAGAGGCCCGAUGACCUUCAGCUGCAUCCAUCCCCACUGACGGUUCACAGAAACUUUUUAGCACGGCGAUUGUACCUGCUAUAUUGUCAUUGUAUUUGAAGAUAUACUAGCCUUCUAAAUAUUUGCUGAUUCAUAUCGUGCCAUUAAGUUUCUUUGUAUUUCAGUGUUAUAACAGUGUUCUUGUUCAUUUAUUUGUAUGAAUUGAUGUAUCUUCAUGCUGCACUAACAUUUUCUAAAUUAUCAAGUCUGGAUGUAAAUCAGUAAAACAAAUGAAAUGUGAUUAUUCUGGGCAGAUGUUUUAGUUGUGGUGCAUCCUCCACUGUGUCCAGCAGAGGGUCUGAAUGAGCCAACAUGGAGGCAGAAGACAUUUCAUUAGUUGUGUUUAUUUACUCAAGUAGUGAUAUUUCAAAGGCAAACAACCCCCAUUUGCAUUCACAUGAAAUUAUCAAAAACUAAAUGGUAUGAUUGAUCAACAUGCUGGCUUGGUUAGCCAGAGCCUAACCCUAAUAGCCUUUGGUCAGACUUGUAUGCCAACUCUGUUCUUAGACAUUUUGCACACCCAACAUACACACACACACAGCUCACAUACAGUAAGGACUUGUACAUUCAGGGCUCAUUAAUGAUGUCAGGCUACCUGUCUUGUCUGGUGGUAAGCUAGUGCAUUGAACCAAUGCUUGUAGUU